GGUAUUUAUUUAUUUUUAGAUCAUUUCAGCCCCCUGAAUCUGCCCUAAGAGACUCCAUGAGGGCAAAAAGCCAGAAGGAGACAGUGGAAGUGAGUCACUGACAUUCCAUUGUGGCUCAGAAGUGCCCUCCCCCCAGGUGCAGGUACUGUUUGUGCAUCUUCAAGAAUAAGGACAGGUUGUGAGGCACCCGCUGCAUAGUAGUAGGCAUGAUGAUAGACUGUGCGAUACAGACAGGAGCAAGACAUGGUCCCUGCCCUCGUGGGGUUCACAGCCUAGAUAGGGGGAAAAUGAAUGCCCACAUACCUGUAAUGUAACGCAAAUUAUGACAAACGUCAGGAGUGCGGUAAGAAAGAUACUGCAAUAGGGUUUAAGACAAAGAAAGAAAGCUACUCGAGUGUGGUGGGGUGAAGAAUACAUUUCUGGAGGAGGUGACACUCGAACUAAGCCAUAAAAGAUGGUUAUAUUUUUGAUGGUGGAAGUGGGAGGAAGAGCAGCUUACAACAGUGAGCAUGGAGAUGGGAAAGUGAAAGACAGAGAAGGCUGGGAUAGUAGUCUGGUUCCAGAAAUUCCAUUCCUUUACUCUUCCUGAAGCCCUUAGGGAGAUAAAUCCAGAAUUGGUGAGAGAGGGAAAGAGAGGAAUUAGCCAUCAGAGGAUCAGAAAUUGGGCUUUUGAACUAAGGGGCUGGGAGCCCCAGUGGAGGUGUCUGUGAGAGCAGUGGGGAUGUGUGUUGAGGCAGGAGGCAAACAGCAGUGGCUGAGAAACAAGGAGCCAGGAAGCUACAUCCUGCCUCAUGGGAUCAAGCCGCUCAGUGAGGAGCUCCCAGGGGUCUUCUGGCCCAGCUGAAAUGGGGAGUGGUACGUGUGCAGCAAGGGACAGAAUGAGGGGAUGGAGUUAGCUAGGACCAGAAAUUAUCUUUUAAAAACUGUCUCCAGAGAGAUGAGAGACCAAUGAUACAAAGAGGCAUUUUUCUUUCCAGUUGCUGUGGAGCUGAUUCCGACUCAUGGCGACACUAUGUGUGUCAGAGUAGAGCUGUGCUCCGUAGGGUUUUCAAUGGCUGAUUUUUCAGAAGUAAAUCACCAGGCCUUUCUUCUGAGGCACCUCUGGGUGGAUUCAACCUCCAACUUUUUGGUUAGCAGCCAAGUGUGCUAACCAUUUGCACCACCCAGGGACAUAUACAUAAUUCAAAUUUGUAAAAAACCAGAAGGAAAAAAGAAUGCCCUGCGUCCCCCGGGGUAAGAAGGAGGGGAAUGGUCAGGGAGUGGGGGCUUCUAUUUUAUUUGUAAUAUUUUAGCUCUUAAAAUUUUUAAAAAUAAAAAUAGCAAUAUGUUAAGAGAUGAACAGAGCUGAUGGCUGGGCAGCAGAGAUUUAUUAUAUUAUAAUCUAUACUUCUCAGUGUGUUUGAGAUAUUAAAUUUAAAAAAAAAAAGAAUCAAAGGACAGUGACUUCAGGAAAUUGGUUAGGGUGGGGUCAGCAUGUCCUGGGGGGAGGGGAUGGGGCAGGAUGGAAGGUGGGGAGACUGCCCAGGUAUCUGGAAUCUGGUGGAGGCUCCUGAAGCUGCCAGAGGGCAUGAAUGGAGGUAGCAAGGAGCAAUAUCAAGGUACUAUCAGAAUGAGGGGGCUGGGCCCAAGGUAGCCCAGAUGUUCACGGAAGUGAAAGCGUGGGAGAGAGCAGUUUGGGUGUGUGCAGAGGGUGUGUGACCCACAGACGUGGCAGCUCCGGGUCAGGGCCAAGCAGGCAGCCAGUUCUCCUUUGGCGGCUGCCACCUGUCCUGAGAGAGUCCUCCGCCGGGAAGGACAAUGCACCAGGCUUGCCACUACCUCUGGCCUUCUGCAGCUGUGAACAGUUCAGUGGGGCAGGAGCCCCAGAAGCAGCUUCCAGAGGUGCUAGGUGGAACCUGGGGAACCCCCAGAGGGGAUGGGCUCCCCCAGCUCACGGUCAUCGUCACCAUCUUUGUCCUGCUGGCGGUCUGUAUCGUGGUGGCAGUCCAUUUUGGACCAAGUCUGCACCAGGGCCAUGCCACUCUCCUCAAAGAACCAUCAGCCCCAAAGCCAGAGGGCGGCAUUUACCUCACCCACUGGCGGGUUCUGGGCCCCCAGGACAGUCACGAAGAAGCCCAGCAGGGGACUGCUGCCCCUUACCACUACCCUGCUCCAGAUGGACCCAGGCCCAGCAUCGAUGAAAUCACGUAUCUGUAGGAGGGAGACUUUGGAACGUUUGCCUCACUUGAUUCAGAACAAGAAGCUAGUGAGAGAAUUAGGACAGAGAAAAAUUGGGGCUUGGGCAUCAGGGCUUCAGAGGGGCACACGUGGACUCAGCUAGAGCUUCUUCCCUCUCAGCAGAAUAUUUGGGGAGAAAGCCUUUUUGUGGACAGGAGAAAUAAAAGAAGCUUGAGGAGACUGUCCAGAAACAUGCUUCUGUGAGCAUCCCCAGUGCCCAUGGUCACCCUUUUAAAGCUCCUCUUCAGGGAUCAACAGACCCUGAACCUCCUUAUCAGAGCCCCUGCUCCCUCCUUGUAGCUAAUCUCCUCCCAUUUAAUGUCAAAGUGAGUCCAACUUGGAAGAUUGCACCACCCACCACACCCCACACAUGGAUGACACAGGUCUCCUGUAGAGGCCCUUCACCCCAGGCACCAGAUCCUGUGAGGGCCACCCAGGAGCACCAAGGCAAAGAAACCAGGAGUCCUGCCUUCUCUUACUCUUUGGGACUCAAGGAAGGAAGAUCUGUGUCCCUCACUGAUUGGGGGUACAUCUUUGGCUGUUAGGGCCCCAGGCCUGGGUUGUAGACAACCUCCGAGGCUGUUGUAAGUCCCAAACACCAUUUCUAGCUCCCAAGAUUGGCUUUGAAUGGCCCCACUGACUGUCUUGCCUUCCUAAGGUGGAUGGAGGGAGUUUGAGGACUCUCAUUACCUCCCACUUUCUGUGUGCAUAAGCCUGUUGGAACCAGCUUAGAAUUUAUUGAAGGACAUUUCCCAGACCCAGAACCUUCCAGCUGGUGGGAAAACAGGAAAGGAAAAGGAGCUCCAUGGAGCUUAUCUGGGGAAGGAAGGAGUGAGGAGGAGACCAGGAAGGGGAGGCCCAUGGGGAUAUAUAGCCGGGAGGUUGAGAAGAGGCAGUAGGCCAGGAAGGCAAAGCUGAGCCUCCCGGUGGCUCUUUGGCAAGGCGCCCCUUUGCCUGGCACCCCUGAAUCCCAUUCAUGUACAUUCAGGAAUAUGCAGGCAGACAUUUAUGGAGAGAAUUUGGGUGCUUUACCUUGAGGGACACCGGAGGGCAAGAAGUCAACCCUGGGUCCUGCCCUUGGUGAGACCCCAGCACAUUCAGGGAGCCUGGGAAAUAACAGAAGGUGGAGAGAAACAGUGGUGGGGAUUGUACUAUCUGCCGAAGACAGGCUUACCUACUUUGGGGCUGGUAAGAGGCAGCUAUAAUGUUAAUAGCUGCUGUUCCUUGUAGGCCAGCUAUGCACUGGGCACUGGGUUUAUCUGUGGACCUACACACAUAUCCCAAUUGCUCCUCACAACAACCUUGGGAAAAGGGGCCACUGUUAUCCGCAUUUUAUAGUCAGGGAAACUAAGGCUUAAAAAGAUACACAGGGGGACAGAGAUAUUAAGUGGUAGAGUCAGAAUCUGAAUGUGAACACCAUGCUGGUGGGUGGGGGAAGGUCACGUUGGGGAGGCCCUUGAUUCUGGACUGGUUUCUAGGUGUGGGAGUUUUCUAGGUGUAAUGAUGGAGGCUCCUUGGGCCUUGGGGGCAGGAUGGCUGGGACAGUUGGGGAGGAGAGGGGACUUUUCCCCCUUUAUUCCCUUGGCUCUGCCCUUCUGACAAAUGUGGGUCUGUGUGUGGGACAUUUCUGCACAGUGAUGCUGUACUUAGAAAUGCAUAUUGAGCAUUUGUGAUAAAAAACAAAGGUGGGAAGGAGGGAACAAGUCCAGCCUGGGUGGAACAGUGGAACUAGUAGAAAGCGCUCCCUUCCCUCUCACAUGGGGGCCCUUUCCUGCCACAGUGUUGUUGCAGUGGCUCAGUUCUAAUGUGGGAUGACAUAAAUAUGGUAUGGUGGCUGGCUGUGUUGUCCAGAGUCCCCUGGGAUAUGUGCCAUCUCUCACACAAGUUCCCUUCCCCCUUAUCCCUUUGCUGACUCUCAUCUGGAGACAUUUCUUCAGUGGCCCCUGCUCUUUUGAGCAGCCUCUUGUCCAGGAUACAGCUGUGUACCCCUCAUGGCAUCUGCUGUGCUGGCUCUGGCCUAGCCCUUGAGCCCUUCCUGCCCCCCAAGCAUCCCACUGGAGAUAGGGUGCUGAAAGAGCAAGUGGAGUUGGGUAUGCUGCCCAACUCUAUGCCCUCAGUACAGCUGGUGGGCUCUGUCUACACUGAAAGACACUCACCACUCCACUGCCCUGUACUAGGAUGAGGAGGUGUACAAGGAAGCAUGUAUGUGCAAGUGUAUUUGGUUACUGGGUGUAAUAACUGCCAAUCUCUUGUAUCACUCAGAGUCCCAGCAGGAAAGAGAUGGCAUACUGGCAUUGGGUGAUCUGAGGAAUGUUUUUUUUAAAAAAGAGAUUAUUUAGAAACAGCAGGAGUUAGGGAAACCAAGGUGAGAUGAGUAUUCCAGGAUGAACACUAGUGGAGACGAAUACCACCUGUCUUAGUCAUCUAGUGCUGCCAUAACAAAAAUACCACAAGUGGAUGAAUUUAACAAAGAGAAAUUUAUUCUCUCACAGU